AAUCCUGGUGCAUCACAGAAGCUGGAAGUUCUGAUGUUCCAUUGAAAUCACAAUGGAACGUUGUGACUUAACCUGGUCACAGUAAUGAAAGGCAGUAAUAGAAAUAAGGAUCAUUCAGGAGAAGGGGAAGGAACUGGAAAACGACCAAAGAGGAAGUGUCUUCAGUGGCAUCCAUUACUAGCAAAGAAACUCCUUGACUUUUCUGAAGAGGAGGAAGAGGAAGAGGAAGAAGAAGAUAUUGAUAAGGUCCAACUUCUUGGAGCUGAUGGCCUAGAGCAUGAUGUAGAUGAGAAUGAAGAUGAUGAAUCUUCAGAGCAGAGAGCUCGUAGACCAAUGAAUGCAUUUCUUUUAUUUUGUAAACGCCAUCGCUCCCUUGUACGUCAGGAACACCCCCGGCUGGAUAACCGUGGUGCUACCAAGAUACUGGCAGAUUGGUGGGCAGUUCUAGACCCAAAGGAAAAACAGAAAUAUACAGACAUGGCCAAGGAGUACAAAGAUGCAUUUAUGAAAGCCAAUCCUGGCUACAAAUGGUGUCCUGCAACAAACAAACCUGUGAAAUCCCCAACACCCACUGUUAAUACACGAAAAAAGCUGUGGGCCUUUCCAUCUGACUCUGGAAAAGAUUUACCUAGCCCCAAGAAAGCAAAGACUGAAGAAAUGCCUCAGCUUAACUUUGGAAUAGCAGAUCCUACGCAAAUGGGAGGCCUGAGCAUGCUGCUUUUGGCUGGGGAACAUGCUCUGACUGCACAAGAGAUAUCUUCAAACACAUCACAUCCAGAGGCUCCUGCUCCUGCCAAACAGUGUGAAGAGUCAGCCCUGUUUCAAUUUGCAGAGAUCUCUUCAAAUACAUCGCAAUUGGGUAGUCCUGAGCCAGCGAAACGCUGUGGGAAGUCAGCACUCUUCCAACUAGCAGAGAUGUGCCUGGCAUCAGAAGGAGUAAAAGUAGAAGACUCAAAGGUAAUGAAAGCAAAAGAAUCAGAAGGGAGAAACAUGGAAGAAUCUGAGAAGGGAAAAGUGGAAAGGGAAAUAAAAGUAGAGAAAUCAGAGGAAGACAAGUUGCAGAAGAAGAUAGAAUUGGAAAAGCCAGCUGAAGAAAUAGUCAGAGACAGCCUGAGUGUCAAAAACAUUGAGGAGAUUAAAGUGGACCAAAUAAAGGAGGGAAAGAAGGAAGAUGCUGAAGAGAUGCAAAAGGAAGAGUUGAGGGAAGAUAAAAAGUGUAGCCACUUUAUUGAUCCUUCUUCCUCCAACAGUAGUAAGCUAAUCACAAGUGAUGGUCCCAGCAGAAAAGAUCCCAUAUGCCAUUCUCAUGAAGCUGUGAUCAUUGAGGACACCUCAGGGUUAAGCAAACCAGAGAAGUUAAAAAAGAAAAAGAAGAAGAACAAAAUGGACCGACAUGGGAAUGAAAAGUCUACUCCCAAGAAAACCUGCAAAAAGAGGCAAUCCUCAGAGUCUGAUAUUGAGAGUGUUAUAUAUACUAUUGAGGCAGUUGCAAAGGGAGACUGGGGCAUUGAGAAAUUUGGCGAAACCCCUCGCAAAAAAGUUCGUACGUCCUCAAAUGUGAAAGGAAGCAUUCUGGACACAAAGUCACCAAAGAAAAAAGUGAAGUCGAAAGAAAAGAAGAUGUCAAAGGAAAAACUGUCAAACACCACCAAAGAGACCAAGCCUCUGGAUUUCCUUAGUAUUACUGCCAACAAAGAAAUUACUGGAGAGGUACCAGAGUGUGUAAAAGCAGAACCAUUGACUCCGACGGAGGAGGUUCUACCACAGAGCUUGCCAGGACAGGUCAAAACAGAGGAGAGUGACUGUAAUAGAAAGAUAGAAAUCUGUGGCUCAAGGAAAUCUGAGAGGUCUUGCAAAGGUGCUCUUUAUAAAACUCUGGUGUCAGAGGGCAUGCUUACAUCUCUGCGAGCUAAUGUGGACAGAGGGAAAAGAAGCUCAGGAAAAGGCAGCUCCUCUGAUCAUGAAGGGUGUUGGCAUGAAGAAAAUUGGGCGUUUACCCAAUGUGGGACAAGUGGUAGUAAGAAGCUAAAAAGACCAAAGCCAAAGGAAGAGUUUGUCCUUGGCUUAGCAAAGCUGGAAGAAGAAUUUGAAAAAAAAUUCAAUAGCCUUCCUCAAUACAGCCCUGUCACAUUUGACCGGAAAAGUGUAUCUGUUCCAAGAAAAAAGAAGAAGACUGGAAAUGUUUCAUCAGAACAGACUAAAACCAGCAAAGGUUCAUUCCAGUCUCAGAAAAAGAACCUAUUCCACAAAAUUGUCAGCAAAUAUAAGCACAAAAAGGAGAAGCCUAAUGUUCCGGAAAAAGCCAUACUUUCAGAAGAUAAAAACACCACUGAGCCUCCCCGCAAGACUAAAGAUGCCCCAUCAGUUCCAAACACUCCAGAGCCAACAACAAUGCAAGAGCCUUUGGUUGGCAGCCAAAAGAGGAAAGCAAGGAAAACGAAGAUCACACAUCUUGUCAGGACAGCAGAUGGCCGGGUGUCACCAGCAGGAGGUACUUUGGAUGACAAACCCAAGGAACAACUGCAGGGUAGUCUCCCUAAAGCAUCAGCUACAGAAACAGAUUGCAAUGAGGAAUGCUCACAAAACAUCGAAGCAGAGGAGAUUCGUAGUAUCACACCAGACAUGCCAGCUGUGUCUGCGUUCUUCAGCCUAGCUGCUCUGGCUGAGGUAGCAGCAAUGGAGAAUGUGCACAGAAAUCAGCGGGCAGCUCCCCUUGCCCACGAUGGACAGCCAAAAGAAAUGCCACAGGCUCCCGUACUUAUUUCCUGCGCUGACCAGUGAAGCUCCCCUUUAUUGUAAAACAUUGUGCUUUACCUAAUAUCCUAGCCUUGUCUUUACCAAGGGAAGCUAGUCAGUCCAUAGGAUGGAAAAUAUAGAUUGCAAACACGUGAUUGGUGCCCUGCACGGCCCAGAUUUCACUUGAAGCCAGAAGUUAGCAACUUGGGCCAGGUCGUCCAAUUGGAACCCAGAUCUUUGAGGGGGAUGUUAUUUGUCUGAUAAUGAACAGAAUGAGAAUGAUCCUGGAGCUUUGCUUUCUAUUGAAGGCUUUUAAUGGUAAAUUGGUGGUUACUUGGAAGUGGCUGCCUUUACUGUAGCUCAUCCAGCGUCUCUUUUACCAACCAGAGAGUGUGAAACUAGUUUCGUAUAAUACCUAGUUAUUCUUUAAAAAAACAAAAACAAAAAAAAAAGAAAACAAACUGACGCACUGCACUAGUUAUUAUUAGAUAUUCUUAGUCAUUUUUGUACAUGGAGAUUUAAGUUCUAAGAUGGUUUAUAUAAUAGGUUAUGCC